GGAGACCAAAACCUGGUCCUAAUGCGGCAGAACCUCAUUUCUGAGGAAAUUAUUAAGCUUGGUGCUAAAAUUUAGGUUGUGGUUAGGUCAAGGUGUUCCCAGUUGCAUGACAUGUUUGUCAUGUAUCGUUGGAUUGGUAUAAGAUGCGUUUGGAGAUUACCUUAUUUUAGCAGAAACAUAAUGUAUCUGAAUUACAUUACAUGUCAUGUCAUGAAUAUAUCUAUAAACUGAUUUAAGUUUCUCUAAGAAACUUUAGUUGCAUAUACAAGAUUAGACUUUGACAUGCAGUAGAGAAGUGGAAAAAAAUUGCAAUAACUUGGUAUUUAACCUCUUUAUUUACUUUCAACCGCUGUCCCAACUGUGUGUUUAUAAUGUUUGGCUUUUUAUCAUUUGUGCAAAAGCUAUUGUCAUUCUUUACACUGACUAGUACAAUAUCAGAUGUUUAUUUACUGCAGUCAUAGUUACUUAUAAAUUGUAGAGACAAUGAAUAUGUCUUCUGCUUUUUGCUUAGAUCAGUUACUUGGCAACAAGAUUUGAAUGACCAAACACUUGACACUUGUUUGGGAGAAAUUGUUGUUGGUACAAGUUAAUGCUCUGUGUUCAUAAAGUACACUACAUCUUUUCCAUUCAUACAGCAUAUUUUCUAUAAUACUUUAUUACCUUUAAUAAUUUGUUCAUUUACUAAACAUGCAAAUCACCACAAUGGAGGCCAAAUUCAAAAUGGUCGACUUCCUGUUGAGUUGAGGCCAUGGCCCAGAUAGACUUUUUUUGUUUGUUCAUAUUGCAGUGUGUCAUCUUUCCACCAAAUGUAAUGAAACUAAGUUUUGGUUUUGUCCUACCAGGUUUCACCUUUGGGGCGCUAGUCAGUCAUUUUGCAGCACUUUUUACGUAUUUACCUAUUUGUCCAUUUUCGUCAAUGUUUAUUACCUCAAAAAUGCGAUUCUUUGGGGAUAAUUUGUUUUCCAGGAAUUCCAGUUGGUCCUCGCACCACUGUGUGACCACUGUGUGAGUGCUAACGAUUAAACAUAAAUCGGCUGAGUCACUUGAGUCUGGUCAUGUGAACGUAGCCCUGUUGUGGGACGUGAACUCAUGAGUGAAUCCCAUCCAUCCAAAGCUUGCUGCUCCUGCUCCGUGUUUUGACUCGUGGUGAUAAUGUGUGUGGGCGGUUACAAACGGUGCGUGCUUCACAAACCCUUAUUUGUUCCUUACUACUUUGAGCGCCAUCUUGUUUGUAACUGCCCUACGUAAGUACGUGGUGGAGUUUGUUUGGCGGGGGUGUCCGGUUACAGCUUCAGUCUGGGGACCUCUCCCUGUGCUGCCCGGGUGUUUAUCACGUUUACUCUGUCGCCUUUCGGCUUUAACUGAAAUAAAAUCCAGAUACAGAAAACUAAAGACACCGUUUUUUUCACGGGGACAGAAAUGAGCAUCGAAACGCUCCUGGAAGCAGCCAAAUUUUUGGAAUUGCAAGCCCAGCUACAACAGAAAGCACGUGAGGAUGAACUUAAGGAAACGUUUCAUCUGGAGCAGUGGACAGUGCAGAGGCACUCUGCAAUAUUUAACUCAUCAGCCCACAUCAACAAUGUUUUUAAAGCAGAGCAGUGCCAACCAGCCCCUGUAGCAUCCACUCUGUCUGCUCCAACCAUGGCUAUCACUGUCAUCCCCAUCCCCAUGGUCACCAACAACCCCACAGGCUCUCCCACUCUGCCUGUUUCCACACCCUCCCCUCCUGCUGUUCCUCCACUGGCCUCCCCAAAGAGAGACCCUUACUCCCCCAAGGAGGAAAGUGCACCUGCCCUGCUGAGCUCUUCACAGCCCAAGCCUGACCACCAAACAUCUGUGCUGACCCCCGGCCACAAGCAGCCACUCCAGAACCACCAUCAGCUCAUCGCACCAUCGAAUGACACCAAACUUCAGCAGCAGACACACCAGCAGCUGGCCCAGCGCUUUGCUGGCUCCAUUGUGUCACCUCCGCAGCAACACACCUUACUCUCACAACUAAGCCCGGUCCUCCAGCAGGCUCCCCUACAGAAUGGCUCUCUCUGCCGGGGAAGUCCUCCUGAUGACAGCCGCCAGCUCGACAACAAGAAAAGGCCAGGAGGGGCAGGCACAAGAGAAGUGCAUAACAAGCUUGAGAAGAACAGACGAGCUCAUUUGAAGGAGUGCUUCGAGACGCUGAAAAAGAACAUCCCCAACAUUGAUGAGAAGAAGACCUCCAAUCUGAGUGUGCUGAGAAGUGCUCUGAGAUAUAUUCAGACGUUGAAGCGGAAAGAGAAGGAGUAUGAGCACGACAUGGAGCGACUGGCCAGAGAGAAGAUAGCAACGCAGCAACGAUUAGCAGAGCUGAAGAACGAUCUGAGCCAGUGGAUGGAUGUGAUUGAGAUCGAUCGCAUGCUCCGUCAGACAGUGCAGCCUGAAGAGGACCAGGCCUCAACCUCUACUGCCUCAGAAGGUGAAGACAUUAUGGAUGAUGACCUAGAUGUGGAGACUACACCAAGAGCACAGACUGCCUUACCAACCGUGCCUCAAACCAUGAAACCUGAGCUGCACAAGAGUGCAGCACCCACUCAAACCCGAACACUGACACCCGCCACCACCUCUACCUCCUUCAUUACCCAGCACAUUUCCAUCCAGCACAAAACUCACCCGCCCCAGCCUCAGCCAGUGAAUUUUCCACCGCCUGUGUCCAAGCCUGCAGCUCCACUGACAAUCACGGCAUCUAGCACUCCCGCCGUUCCCAGUCAGCCCUUGAUCCCCACCCAGACACAGGUGGUGACCACAGCCAGCCUGCACCCCACAGUGAUCGCCCACGCUUCUGUAUCCCAUCCCUCAGUCAUCCAAGCAGUCAACCAUGUCAUCCAGGGAGGGGGACACAAACACAUUGCCCACUUGGCUCCCUCCACCACUAGCUCUGUUCAUCUGGCCCCAGGCCACCCACACAUCGGUCAUAUCACCGUGCACCCCGUGGCACACCUGAGUCAGCAUCUUCCUGCCCUCUAUCCCCAACCGGUGGCCGUCACACAAUCAGCUGUGGUUGGGCACAUCACCCACACAAUAAACCGUGCCCACCCCCAGAUGAAUGGCACCACACCCAGCCAACCGACCGCCACCAUCAUUGGCAAGCAGACAGCAGUGAGCACCCAAAUGGUGGCUCACCACCCACAGCUGGUGGGUCAGACCGUGCUCAACCCUGUGACAAUGGUGACCAUGCCCUCCUUCCCCAUCAGCACUCUGAAACUGGCCUGAGCACUCGCAGCAGGACCACCAGGCUACAGAGACGCCCCGCGAUGGGGGACAACCACGGGCCACAGACCAGGCCAUCAACAAAGCCCACUGUGACGACAGAACGGCCAAACGCCUCACUGAUCCGUCGUGUAGUGACAGUACAUCACAGCUGUUAAAAAAAAAAAGAAGACGAACAUUCCUUAAAACAAUGUGGAGAAACUACCACAGUGCCCUUUAAUCCUAAAUGUUGGGAUAUGUCAGGCUGCAUGUGGGUCAAAGUCAUGAUGUGUGUUUGGGGCAGUACUUGGUUGGCAGAGCAGCAGUUUCAGUACUUCACCUUGGGUUUGUUAUCACAGAUGAAGGAGUGUUAGUUGUUAGGGCUGUCGCGUUACUGCAAACACACACACUUAACUUUAUGAUUUAAAGUGAGAAAACGCAAGUAAAACAGUUUAAACUGAGCCAAUUUAAAAGCGGAUGAGUCUCAAGGAACAUGUUGUACUCUGUGACACACUCUCUCUCUCUCUCUCUCUCUCUCUCUCUCUCUCUCUCUCUCUCUCUGAAGUAUGGAGGGUUUCUCAACUUCAUGUGGUAAGAAGAGAAAAUCUAUACCACAAUAGCCCUAAUAGUCAUUUUCACUAGAGUUGUGCAGUUUUGUGCUGCCAGUACACUAUAACGUGUCUGUAGAACAGUGGAUAAACUCCCCCUCAUCUCUUUGGCAGCUGUGGAUGAACCAAUGUCAGGUUAUGUAGUGAAAAGGCUGCUGCGGCUCAGUGGUGGAACAGUCACAUCCAACACGUUGGGAAUGUGAUUCAUCUGAGCUCCUCCUCUCCAGCAGAGGCACAUGCUGCAGGGCUGCAGCAAAAUCCUGGCCUGGCCUCCAACCACCCACACAGGAGCUGCAGUCCUGUGAUGACAUGUUCAGUAAUAGCACCAUCUGCUGGAUGUGUGUGCUUAUUUAAUACGGUUAUCCUUUUGGGAUGAUGGUAAAAAAAAAAAACUUGAUUUGCUGAUGGAUGUCACUAAAAUAAUUAUGCAGUUUUACAGAGGUUUGUUUUUUUGUGUUGGAGUUAAAGGACAAUCAAAUUGUUAUAUCUUAGUAUCUGUUCAUUAAACUGUACACUAAGCACAAGAGCACGUUCUAGGAUGAGGUUGUUUUAGUCACAGCUGCUUUGUUUUUAAAAAAUGCUUUUUGUCAAUUAUGAUCAUCUACAUAUGACGGCUAAUGAUAAACACCAGAACGCAGUUAGUGUGAGUAAAUGCUAAUUGUGUCAAAGAUUAAAGAAAAAAAUAAGUGAAUAAAGUUCAGUGUUUAGAGAUUUUGAAUGUGAAAAACCUUUCAAAGGUCUAUACAAUGUAGUAAAGUGUUUGUUUGCCGUCGUGUUGGUUCAAAUGUUAACCGACUGUGUGUCUGCAUGUUGUGAAUGCACGCCAUGGCUUAAUUUAUGUAGUGAACAUCAUGAAAUGUUUUUGGCACAAAGCUGAAGCUUUGGUUUGGUUCAACACAAAGUGACGUCAAUGCAAUCAAUGUUUUUUUUGUAUUUACCAUCCUUUUUUUGCAAAGUUAUCACUGUGAAAAUUAAUUUCUGUCAGUCUCUACGAGCAGCACAACCACAGGUGAGCACAGCAACACGCUGUGCUUUCUUUAUUCAAUUUGAAUGUACUGAUCUGAUACUGACGACGAGCCCACUCGGAUGUUUAUCCCGUUUUGUUUUUAAUGGAAGCAAAUACUUUAUUUAUGCCAUUUAUGCUGAGUGUAACAUUUAAAGCUGAUUUUGUAUUUCAAGAUUUACUAUUUCUUGUUUUGUUCAGAGAAUACAUUUGAUUCAGUGUCAUUUAUAGCUUUUUCUUUUUUUCUUUUUUUUUCCUUUUCCUGGGACCAUGUUCAGUGCUGUAUAUCAGGGCAGACCUCCCAUGUUGAUACCACAUUUGGCCACUUUGGAAAGUAGUCACCCUUUAAUUUUUUUGUGUUUUGUUCUGAUGCAGUAUGAUUACAGCAGGGACUUUAAAUUCUGUAAAUGCAAAGAAAGAAGACAAUUCUGCGUACAUGUUCAAAUUGUAAGCAAAAAAGAAAUCUGACCAAACACCACAACACAUUUUAAAUCAUACUGCAGUGAAACAAAAAGUGGAAAAAAGUUAACAGGGAUUGACGUACUUGAAGAAGCAACAAUAUACCUGUCUUUUCCCUAUGGAGAAAGUUUAAGUUGUACAUAGCCUGUAAAUGUUGGGCUGCAUCAAGAUCUAAAUGUAUUGUGUAAACAGGGGAAAAUAUCAAAUUUAUAAAAAAAAUAUAUAUAUAUGUAUAUACUUAAAUAAUAAAAUGUAUUAUGUUU